CAAGAUUGUCUCACGCCUUGCAGCUUUUGGUCCGAACCUGGCCUGGCCUGGUUGCCCACAACAUCGGGUCACUGUUGCGGCCCGGGAUGCGUAAGCGGAAAACAGACAAGUCAAACGAAACGCAGAGUUCCUUUCCUCGGGCUUGUCUGGGACUCUAAGUAACCGCCAUCAAGGCGGCGAACAAACAGAAGAACGCUUGGUACCGGGACCGACUGUUGUGAUGGCCUCCCGACCCCUCGCACUCAGACUGUUUUGGGGCUUCAUCUCAUGUCUUUCCCUCUUUAGCCCAAAGUGUCCGAAACCAGAAACCGCCCUCUUGGUAUAAAGAUCUCUUGCUGGUACGUGAUGGGUGGAAGGGGCUCCUUUGACCCCCCCGAGCGGCGGAAAAUCCAACAGUUCUUCGCAACGGUUCACCGAAAAGGCUAGAACCACGGUUCAUCCCCGAACGACAGCACCGUGCUCUCGAGGUUAAUCGCGACAUCCUAGCGCAGGCUUUCCCUACCUUAUCUAAAGGUUGGAUUGACCGUUGAGGUUUCGGAAAUCUUGGAAGCUCUUGUGGCUCGUUUCCUUCUCUCUCUCCUCUUCUCCCUCCUCUUCCUUCGUUACACCAUCGAUUGCACGAGGUUGUGAUACGCCGGUACAAGUGUAUGUCUCAGAGGAACCCAUAGUUGCAGCCUCACAACUGUUGACUCCCGGCGUACGUCCCGGACAACGAUUCCCAAGAUGAAGUCAACGCUUUCCAAGAGCGUGCUCUUUUUCCUCUACGGCCUCGCCGUGGCAGCACCUUCCACCUCUGGCCCAGCCAAGAGGCAAGACCAGCAGCAGCCAUCGGACCCCAACCCGUCCGACCAGGGUCCCAAGUCGUGCAACACGCCUGACAACAGACAAUGCUGGGUCGACGGAUUCGACAUCAAGACGGCCUAUGAGGAGAACAUCCCGGAAACCGGUGUGACCAGAGAGUAUGACUUGGUGCUUACCGAGCACACGACAUUCAAGGCCGGAGAUGGCAUGGAUAAGAACAGCGCCAUGCUGAUCAACGGCGGCUUCCCGGGCCCGAAUAUCAAGGCAAACUGGGGCGACAAGAUCAAAGUCAGAGUCGUGAACAAUCUCAGAACAAAUGGAACGUCCAUUCACUGGCACGGCGUGAGAAUGCUAAACAACAACAUCAAUGACGGUGUCAACGGCAUCACAGAGUGCCCCAUCCCGCCGGGCUCAAGUAAGACGUACGAGUGGCGUGCUGAGCAAUACGGCUCAUCAUGGUACCACUCUCACUUCUCGGACCAGUACGCCAACGGUGUUGUCGGCACCAUUCAGAUCGAUGGUCCGACAUCCAAGAACUACGACGAGGAUCUAGGCGUCUUUUCCCUCUCUGACUGGUACUACAAGUCGGCCGAUGAGAUCCGCUCGACCUUCACGGCCCCGGCCGCCGUCCCGGCCAGCGAUAAUAUCCUCUUCAACGGCACCAACGUCAACAAGAACGGGGGCGGGACGCACUCGCGCGUGACUCUCAAGAAAGGCAAGGUGCACAAGAUCAGGCUUAUCAACAUGUCGGUCGACAACACCUUCUCCGUCUCGCUCGUCAACCACAAGAUGACGGUGACGGGCACUGAUUUCGUGCCCGUCAAGCCGUUCGAGACCGACUCGCUGUACCUCUCGGUCGGCCAGCGCUACGACGUGCUCAUCGACGCCAACCAGGAUGCCGGCAAGGCUUACUGGUUCAACGUCUCGUUUCCCUCUAACCGUCUCUGCGGCACCUCCAACAUGAACAAGCCGGCCGCCAUCUUCCAGUACGAGGGGUCGUCGGCCAGCCUCAUGCCCAAGGAGGCCGGCAAUGCCGUCACGGACGCGCAGUGCCAAGACAAGACGGACUACGAGCCCAUCUUCGGCAUCGACGUCGACUCGACGGCGUUCUCGAAGACGCAGGACAACUCGCUCGACGUGACGGUCGACACGAGCCGGACGGCAAACCAGCAGCGCGUUUACUGGAAGGUCAACGGCCAGAAUAUGGACAUUGACUGGGACGAGCCGACGCUGUCAUACCUGGCCAAGAACAGCACCGACUACCCGAAGCAGUACAACGUCUUUGAGGUGCCCAAAGACAACGAUUGGGCAUUCUGGGUCGUCGAGAAUCUCUUCCCUGCUCCCCAUCCCAUGCAUCUCCACGGCCACGACUUUUACGUCCUCGGCCACUCGGAGCCCGCCUCCAGCGGACGUGGCGACGGCGUCCGCUUCAACCCGCAGACCGACACCAGCAAGCUCAACUUCAAGAACCCGACGAGGCGCGACGUCACGACGCUGCCGGGGCGCGGCUGGCUCGUCGUCGCCUUCAAGACGGACAACCCGGGCGCCUGGCUCUUCCACUGCCACAUCGCGUGGCAUAUCAGCCAGGGCCUUAGCGUCCAGUUCCUCGAGCGCGCCAAGGACAUCCCCAACACGUUCAAGAUCCAGGACAUUGACGACAUGUGUCAGCAGUGGGACUCGUACUCCAAGAACGCCCUCUUUGAGCAGACCGACUCCGGUCUUUGA